AUGAUCAAGAGAGUAUUGGUCUUCAAUCCCAACACCAACAAAGCCAUCACUGAGACCUUCAUUCCUAUCCUCGCAAGCUUAAACUUACCAAAUACAGUGUUCACCUACUGGACAGCAUCCACCGGCCCUUCGCUUAUUCGGAACCAGGCUGACAUGUUCGAAAGUGCCUCGCAUUGCAUACCUUCACUUUUCGAUAUCGCCCACAAUUUCCAUGGCUUUUUAGGGGCAUGCUAUGCGGAUCAUCCUAUCGUUCGCUUAUUUCAGUCGUAUGUCAGCGACAAACCUGUGGUCAGCAUCUUUGAUGCCAGUAUCCAUGCUGCUUUGCAAAUGAUUCCUCCAGAUUCAAAAUUUGGCAUUAUCACGACUGGAAUGCCAUUCGAGGAGAUCCUAGCUGAGGGGGUCAAGCAGUUAUUUUCCAACACAUCAGCAUAUACCAUUGAGCACCUUCAGAAAUUUGGUGGAGUUGUGGCAUCUCAUAUUGGGGAAGGAGAUCUUGACAACGACACAGAGGGAACGGCGAGGGAAAAGAUAAUGGCAGCAACAACAAGACUUCUGGAAUCUGGGCAGGUAAACGUACUAUGUCUUGGUGGUGUAAUUCUCGUUGGGAUGGAGAGUUGGAUACGCGAGGCAUGCGACCUCGCUCUCGGUCCUCAAAGGGGUCGAGAGGUGAUGAUCAUUGAUCAGCUAGCCGCAGGGGCUUUGAUGUUAGACGCGUGUUUACAACGAAAGGCUUUUAUCGACUUCAAUCCGGCAUUGAGAUGA